AUGGGAUCCCCGGAGGUCGAGGAACGGCUUUCUACUCGCUUUCGGAAUGAGAUGGAGCACCUCACACAGAAGCACCAGGUGCAGUGGGAGCUGGAACUCGUGGAGCUUCAUGAUCGUGUCAAGGAGUUGGUUGACCUGGUGGAUCAGCUGAAGAAGGAUGAGGUGGAGGCCCAGCUUCCAGCAGUGAGGCAGGCGUACCAUGACUUCGCCCUGGCUUUAGAUGUGGUCUCGCGAGGAGUUUUGGGGCAAAAGCCCCUGCGCACGACCGCUUCCUGGGCUCCACUGUUGCUCCGAUUCAGGUACUACAUUUGCAGCCUCUUCUCUUGGGGCCUUUUGACCGAAGAGGUGGCCCAAGAGGCAGCGAAGGUGCUGAAGGAGCUGGGGGUGAAGGGGGUGGUGGAUCCCCUGGCCGGCAGCGGGUGGCAAGCCAUGCUGUGGGAGGUGGCUGGCGGGCUGCAUGUCAUUGCUUUGGAUUCCUAUGAGGCGAAAUCGGUUGCUUGGAGUGGGGUGAAGUUGGUGACGGAUUCGAGGAGAGCCUUGGCAGAACCCAUCGAUGGAGAUCUCACCAGCUGGGCGCUCCUGUUAAGCUGGCCACCUCACAGCCCGGAGAGUGUCGGCUUAGAUCUUCUUCGAGUGUGGCAUGGGGAGUUUUUGAUCUAUUUGGGCGAGCGCGCGCUCGAUGACGAUGAUGGCCCUUGGCCCGGCCAAAGCCUUCUGGACGCCAUCCAAGACGAUUGGGACCUGCUUCAGCGCUACCGAAUCCCCUCCUGGCCUGGUUGCAAGGACGACCUCACAAUUUACCGACGAAGAAAGACUGAAUAA